AUGGCAGCAGCAGACCCAGAAAAGAACGAGGGCGAUGCCGUUACUCAUCAAUCCCUUGGCAAUGCGGACCCAGAGAAGAAAGCAACCAGAAGUGACAAUACACCAUCACUGGGGAACGCCGGCAGUGACACAGAUUCGCACCUCGCCGCAGACAGCCACGCCGAAGUCGACAGUAAAUCCCGCCAGAACUCUGUCGACGAGGACGACGAGGAAGAUGAUCGGCAUCGCGACCCAGAGCCCGAGGGCCCAGAGGGUCUCAACACCGGCAUCCCCCCGGAAGAUGGCGGGCCGAGUCGGUCUCACUCCCGGGCCUCAUCGGCGAGAUCACGGCCCCUCGUCAUUGUUCCCGGGAAGGAGAGGAGAGGCCUCUUUGCACAACUCACACUCAUCCCGGAGGUAGAACGCCCAUAUGAUUACUCACGGAAGACCAAAUGGAUGAUCACGACCAUUGUGGCUGCUGCAGCAGCAGGGAGCCCUCUCGGGAGCAACAUCUUAUACCCCGCCCUGUCGGAAAUGGCUGAAUACUUUCAUACGAGUGAGACUAUCGUCAACUUGAGUGUAGCGUUCUACAUGCUGGCAAUGUCAAUCUUCCCGCUGUGGUGGUCAUCAUUCUCCGAGACACUGGGCCGAAGGACAAUUUAUGUCGUCUCCUUCAGCCUGUUCGUCGUCUUCAGCGUCCUCAGCGCCGUCAGCACGACCAUCUCCAUGUUGAUCGUCUUCCGCGUCCUCGGGGGCGGCGCUGCGGCAUCUGUUCAAGCUGUGGGCGCGGGCACAAUUGCAGACCUCUGGGAGCCAUUUGAGCGGGGCAGGGCAAUGGGCAUAUUCUACCUUGGCCCUCUCGCCGGCCCGCUCCUCGCGCCCAUCAUAGGAGGCGCCCUUGCCCAGGGUUUCGGCUGGCAGAGCACCAUGUGGUUUCUAACCUGCUUCGGCGGCCUCAACUUCCUCAGCAUAGUCUUCUUCCUGCCCGAGACGCUGGCCCGGCGCAAGCCAGCAGCAGCAGCCACAGGCGGUGCUACGACCAACACCGACAGCGGCAACCUCGACAGGACGACCAGCCUGGCGCGCAUGUCGACGCGCCAGUCCGUCGCCGUCAAGACCAGGCGCGGCGCGGCACUGCUCCGCAAGGCCCUCAUCGACCCGCUCUCCUGCAUCGUGUACCUGCGCUUCCCGCCGGUGGCGCUGACGGUCGGGUUCGCGGCCAUCGCGUUCGGGUCCCUCUUCGUGCUGAGCAUCUCGAUCCAGGGCACCUUCUCGCGGCCGCCCUACGGCUUCCCCGUCAUCAUCGUGGGCCUGCUGUACAUCCCCAGCUCCCUGGGGUACCUCAUCUCGUCGCUGUUCGGCGGCAAGUGGGUCGACAGCAUCAUGCUGCGCGAGGCAAAGAAGGCCGGGCGGUACGACGCGCACGGGAAGCUCGUCUUCCUGCCCGAGGACCGCCUGCGCGAGAACGCGUGGCUCGCUGCUAGUAUGUUCCCGGCCGCGAUGCUGUGGUUCGGGUGGUGUGCGGACAGGGGCGUGUUCUGGCUUGCGCCCAUGGUGGCCAACUUCUUCUUCGGCUUCGCAACAAUGCUCAUUUUCGGCGCUGCGACUACCAUGCUCACGGAGUUCAUGCCUAAGAAGAGUUCCAGUGGUGUUGCGCUUAACAACUUUAUCCGGAAUAUCUUCAGCUGUGUUGGUGUUGUGGUUACGGAGCCGCUGAUCGGUGCCAUGGGCGUGGGGUGGUUGUGUACCAUGGUGGCAUUAUUUGCGUGGAUUACUAGUAAUCUGGGCAUAUGGUUGUUGCUAAGGAACGCCUCAAAAUGGAGGAAAAUGAUGGAUGAGAAGAUGAGAUGA